CGAAAGUGGUUAGUUAACAAUGUGUAGCUAUGUAGUCUCUUGUAUAUUAUCCUAAUUUAUCUUGGCAAUCUUAAGAACUUUUUUUACUUUUAUAAAUGGCUCCUUUAGAGAUAGCUGUUGGUUUGAAAAAAGGUCAUAAGACAACCAAAAACAAGUUAAAGCCAUCUCAAGCAAGGAGAAAAGGAAAAUUGAGCAAAAAUGUCAAGUUUGUUAGAGACAUAAUGCAAGAAGUUUGCGGACUUGCACCAUAUGAAAAGCGUGCGAUUGAGUUGUUGAAAAUUAACAAAGAUAAACGUUGUCUGAAAUUUAUUAAAAAGAGGCUCGGUACACACAGUCGCGGAAAGAGAAAGAGAGAUGAACUUGCUCGCAUCAACAAACAAAUGAGAAAGAAAUAAAAUCACUCAAAUAA